UGAAAAUAGAAAUUGCCUGUGAAGAAGUUCAGUUAUCGUGAACAAAGUCCCAAAACUAAGCCCAUGCCCAAGCCCCAUGGAAAUAGACCGUUGCCGGUUUGUGCAACGGUUUUCUUCAUUCCCCUCUCUUCCUCGAUACAAAAGGCACUCUCUCUCUGUUUCACUCUGGACCGAAUUAGAAUCUCCCCGACAGAAGCAGCAUCAACCAAACCACACUCCCAAAGGCGAAACCCUAACUCCAUUUGCACAAUGCGUGUCGUUCUGCUCCAAGAAUCUCUCCCUCUCCAUUAUUCUAUAAACUCCUUCCCACGCUUCUUCACGCUCUAAUUGCAUCCCACUAUGGCCACCACCGAGCACGAAAAACAGUUAAUAGUGGCCAACCCUAACCCUAACCCUAACACCAAGACCCCUCGCCGAUCCUCCUCCUCCUCCUCCUCGCUCGCCAUUUUCGCGAGGAAAAGCUUCUUCUACGACAGGCUCCCCUCCCAACCCCUCAGACUCACCGUCCUCAAACUCGACGGUUCAUGCUUCCAUAUUCAAGUUUCGAAGAUGGCCACCGUUGCGGAACUGAAGGACGCGGUGGAGGCCGUGUUUAGUCACGUGCCUCACAAGGGGCCAGCAAAAAUUUCAUGGGCGCAUGUUUGGGGGCAAUUUUGUUUAUGCUAUGAUGGACAGAAGCUAGUUACGGAGAAGGAUUAUCUUCGAAAUUAUGGCAUCAAGGAUGGUGACCAGCUCCGUUUCAUCCGCCAUGUCACAAACAAUUGCUGUGUUCAAAGAAAGCGGUUGAAGAAAAGAGUUGUCUAUUUGAAACAACACAGGAGGUGCAGGUCAUUGCAAGUGGAUGGCCAUCUACCGAAAGGAAAUUGUGAUGAUAAUGACAUUGGUUCUGAUGAUGAAGCCACAGAUAGUGGGAAGAUCAAGCACCAUAUUGAAGAAGAGGAAGAAGAAGAAGAAAGGGAAGAAGAGUGCGUUGGAAAGAACAAAUUAGCUGGCUUUUUGGGAGACUUGUUCUCAUACACUCCACUAGCAGUUGUGAGAAGAACUAGAACUAAAAGCAGGAUUUGGCCAACCACUAUGCCCAAAUGUUUACUUGGUAGUCUUCGAAAGAUUAGAAGUAUCGUAUGCUUUGGCAGGAGGAGGCACUAUUCUCGGAGACUUCCAUGGAGACCGCAUUAACAAAUGUGUUUUCUAACCGCACAACAUAUCCAAUGAUGCUAGCAGCAAGAUGAAAGCUGAGAUGUGAAAAUUUUGGUUCCUAUGCAAAUGAUGUGCGUGUGAAAAUUGUAUUGCUGUUUUGAUUGAGACGGCAGCAAGAUGAUGUAGAUAUUGCAUCUUUUUUAAUGGUUCUAUUGUAUAAACAAAACGGUUUGGGGUUGGAGAGUUUCCAAUGUGCAUGCGUCCGUAGGUUCUUAGGAUUAGAAACAUCAAUGUCUUCAUCAGUGAUAUUUUGAAGUCAUUCGUUGUCACGAAAAAAAAAGAAUUUACUUCUGAACUUUAAUGAUUGUCGGUUAAUAUUAUCCUUAAA